AUGAAAAAUUUUAGCAAAAUCAUUUAAAUAUUAAAGCCGGAGAGACUUUAUAGUAGCAUUUGGUAUUUUAGAUUUAAAGAUAGCGAAAUUGAGGAGAAAUACAACCAAAACAAAUUUGAAUCCAGGAAAAAUGUUUAUUUUAUGAUACAGAUAAUUCUUUUAAUUAUUAUUGGAGGAUUGUUUUUAUAUAAUUUAAUAUUUACAAAUUAUAAAAUGUGGAUCGCCCGUGGGGUUCAAGUGAUAAUAAUUAUACUUACUAUCUUAGCUAUUUACAAGCAAAAAGAAAAAAUUAUGAAAAUACUUUCUAUCGUAUAAUUUUUAGUAGAUUGCGUGACUUUUAAUGUAGUUUUGAAACAAUUAAUUAUAGAUAUGAUUCCUAAAAAUCCAGAUGAUUAUUUUAACUAUGCUCUCUUUAUAGGAGUCCGCUAUACCUUUUAACUACUUGGUUACAUGAUUUCUGUGAACAAUACAAUAUUAUAGAUACUCAUGCUUGCUACUAUUUACAUAAUGUAUUCGUUACAGAUUGAUCUUUAGUUUGAGGGUACCACCUUUUUAACUGUGGCAGGUGUAGUUUGGAUUUUAUUUUCUUUUUUCAUGCUUAUUUAGUUAGAAGUUCUUAACAGAAACCACUAUUUUUAAAGUAUCAUUAAUGAAAAGAAACACUAAAGCUGGAAGUAGAUUUUAGAUGAAAAGAUUUUGAAUAGUAUUUUUGUUGUUACUUAUGGAAAUAUAACAAAUACUAGUACAGGUCCUCAAGUUACACCACAAAACAGUAACACUAUUCUUUAAAGAAAACCUCAAAACGGUAGAGCUUCAGAUAAUGUAAAUUUCUAGUAAGAUAAAAACAAUUAGAUGAAGCAGACAAUAAUUGAUAAAAGGUUAAAGAGUUAUAAAGUAGAUAAUAAGAAAUUUAAUAAGACAUUCUUGCAUUUUUAAAAGGAGAAGAGGGAGAGUUUAAGUCAUAUAACCUUUUAGUAAAAGCUAAAUACAAUCGAAAAUGAUAGUAUGCCUCAAAGUUCAUAAAAAUAAAAUAAAAUUUUGGCAGAAGCCAGUGAUUUGCAAGGAGAAAAAGUAUUAUUAGAGUAAUAAGCUAAUCUAGGUGAAGAUAAUACUCAAAAUAGUGCAGAAAGUAAGUAGUAUUUGCAUAAGUAGUAAGUUAAUAAAGCAAAUUCAUCUGAUAAAAUUAACCAGCCUAACUGUCAAGAAUUUUAAAAGGAUAGCAGAAAUAGAGAUUUUAGCUCUCAAAAAAUUGAAGAAUAGCAGAUAAUAAAUAGUAAUAACUAAAAUCAAGGAAAUGUAAUAGAAUGUACAGAAUAGAUUCAAGUUGAAUCUGGUUAGGCCUGUAACUCAGAAUAGACAGGAAAAGAAAAUUAGAAUCAAUUCAAGAAUAUCUUGUCUAAAGCAGGAAUAAACGGGGUGUUUAGCGCAUUCAGCAACUUGAAUAAUUAAUCUAAUUAACAAGAAUUAAAUCCUUAAUCUAAGUAGCAAAAUCAUAACUUAAACAUAUUUUCUUCAGUUCCUGCAAAUGACUAGGAAAAGUUAUAGCAAGAAACUCCUUAUUUAGAAGCUUCAAAUAAAUUAGAUCCUACGAUCAAAACUUUAGAAUAAAAAAUACCUUAGCUUAAGCCGAAUGAUAGCAGAAGAGAUUAAUUUAAUUUUGAACCUAUAGAGCAAGAUAAAAGCCUAGAUGGGAAUAAUUAGUUUAAAAAUCAUCUUUAAAAUAAAAAUUCAAUUCUCCAUAAUAUUAAUAAAUAAUUACAUUCUAAAAAACAAAAGUAAAUAUUAUAAAGUUAAUAGAACAGAACACCUUCAAGCUCAUCUGAAUAAUCAGGAUUAAUUUUCCCUUUUUUCAAUAAUUAUUUUGUCAAAACUUUUAAGGACUAUGACGAAAGAGAUUAUUAAAGAAAAGUUAUAGAAAGGAUCGAAGUUAUUCAUGAUGGGAAAAAGAUGACUCUCUAUGAUAAAAUUAAAGAAAUUAUGAGAAUGAGGCACAAAUAGAUGUAACCUACAAAUGACUUAAUUGGUGGAAACAUCAACAUAGAUAACUUGGAUGAUUCAUCGGAGCAGCCUUAUGGGUAGGCUAAUUAUGAUCAUCUUGAUAAAUUUGUAUUUCCAGGUUGUUUUUUCCAAGAUUAAAACAUGUACUUUGACAUUUAAAUUAGUAAAUGCACGUGGGGCCAAUAAGAAUAAAGUGAUAGCUUGAUAGUCAUUCUCAAUGAUAUUUCACAAAGAGUGACUAAUUAAAGACUAAAGUAGCUAGACAAAUACAAAGAUGAUUUACUUGCUAAUGUUUCCCAUGACUUUAAAACUCCUCUAAAUGGCAUGGUUGCUUAGUUGCAAUUAAUUCAAUCUUUAUUAAAAAAUGUAUUUGCUCAGCCGAAAAGGCAGCACGAUGGACUCUUUUAGAAUAACAUUUAAAAUUCUGUUAACUUAGAAAAAUAUAGCAAAUUAGAUGAAAAUAACGUGAUAAAUUUUAAAAAUUGUAAAAGCGAUGUCGAUGCUACUGAGGCGGGAGGAAGUUCAGAAUAAAAAAAUCUUGGUGAAAAAAAUGUUAACGAAAAUAAGUUAGAAGUACCUAAAGAAGAGCAAAUUUAAGUUUCAGAUAUUAAUAACUCUACUGAUGUUGAUGACUUAAAAAGUUAAAUUUUUAAUUAUUUAUAUUAAGUGGAGUAGAAUGUGUGGAUGUUGAACCAUCUUGUCAACGAUAUCUAAGAUUAUUCGCAAAUGAAUAAUCAGACUCUUAGGAUCAACAUAAGCCCUUUUAGGCUUUAUGAUGUAGUUAAUGAUGUUCAAAAUUUAAUAAAAAUUCAAUCGGAUGCGAAAAGCAUAGCUUUCGAAGUUAAAUCAACUAUUCCGAUGGAAAAAGUACAGCUUAACUCUGAUAAAAUAAGAUUGAAACAAAUAUUAAUUAAUUUGUUAAGCAAUGCUCUUAAAUUUACUUAUGAAGGUUUCGUGAAGUUAGAAAUAGAUUAUAUAGUUAAUGAAGAAACUUAACAAAAUUCUUUAUAAUUCUCUGUUAUAGAUACUGGUAUAGGAAUGCCACCUGAAGUGCAAGCUAACUUAUUUAAAAUGUAUAGCUCAUUUGACACUAACAAAAUAAAUAAACAUGGAGUUGGACUAGGCUUAUUUAUUUCUAAAUGCCUAGUAACAUUAUUAGGACCUAUGAACGAAAUUUAAGUGGAGAGCACUAAAGGUAAAGGCUCUACCUUUAAAUUCUAAAUAUAUCAAAACCUGGAUUUAUCUAAAAAGAGGAGAGGUACUUCCUACGCUCAUAACUAAUCUUUUGCAAGGACUAAUAAGAGCGAAAAUAUUGCUGGCAUUUAUUAAAGCAACUUGAAUACUCCAUAAGCACUAUAUUUGCAGAAUGAUCAUCAAUUGAACACAUAUAAUGGUAAUUCACCUAAUUUAAAUUCUUUUUCGCUUAAAAAAGUAGUAACCAAUAGCAUGAACAAUAACAGCAACGGUAAUUAUAACUUAAAUUAGAACAAUAUCAACAACAUCUUUAAUUAAAAUAACAAUAACACAAAUCCAAAUAACACAAUUUACAAUAAUUACUCUUAAUUCCGAGAAGUACAACCUAAUAAAUCAUCUUCUUCAUAAGUAAAUACUCCUUCAUCUUUAAAGUAAAAUAAUUUAAGGAAAUUGAUACUAUCUAAUAAUAACAUAAAUGCUGCAUCUUAACCACAUCUGUAUUAGACAAAUAAAAAUACAAAUGGAUAAAAUCAAUUAACUUCAAAUAACAUAGAAAUUAGUAAAUUUGCAAUUACUCCGGAAACUAAACUUUCAAUUAAAAUGUUUUCUAAAAACGAUUUAUAAGCUUCUCCGCUACAAAAAUAAUCCUCCCAUCAUUCAUAAACUUAGUAAAUAUUAUAAAAUAAUCUUGAAAAUAUGUUUGAAGAAGGUUAUGCAAAUAUAAUUGAUAAAAGGCAUGAUAGAUAGGCUAAUAGUCAAGAAAAAACAACACCAGGAGAAGUUAUCGAAGGAGGAGUGAAUAGCAAAUCUUAGUUUUUUAUCAAAGGAAAUUCUAACUACUAAACCAAAUACAUAGGCAUUAAAUCAACUGAUAAAGUAAAAAAAUGGGGUUUUGUUCAAAUAAAAUAUAAAUCAGACACAUAAAUUUAAAAUAAAAAUGAUAGUGGCUAAUAUUAACAUUAUAGACUAAUUGACUAGCAUAAUUCGCAAUCCAACUAAUUUCAUUCUAAUACCUUUCUUGUCAGCAAAAAAUCAGUAAACUUUCAACAACCAAAUUAUAAGAAGAAUAUGCCAAACUAAAAUAAUGACGAAGUCUAAUACUUGCUUUUGCAAACAGUACAGAACACUUUGGAUCAAAAUAAGUAAAAAUAAAUAUUUUAAAAAGAAGAAAUAAAAUCAUUUUCUAGUUAGAAAAUCCCACUUGAUUCUAAUAACAAAUAACCAUACAAACAAAGAAUAUAAAACAGUUAAAAUACAGAAACUACUUUCACAUUGGAUUAAAACAAUUUAUCUGAGAGAUUUUUAAAAGAAAAAGAUGUCUAACAAAAGAAAUUUCAAAGAGAAAAUUUGCCAACUUUGAAUUGCGAAACGGAAUAAAAUCGAAGCAAUUUAUCUAUUUGCAGAGGUUAAUUUCAGAAUAAAGCAAGAGAAUUUUCAGUUAAUAGUAACUUGUUAUUUACAAAUCACUUAUCGAAUGAAACACUAUCCUCCGAUAACGAAUUCUAAGAAGGCACUUUAGCAGAGUAUAACAAGCAGAAAAUAAAUUUCGAGUAUAUAAACUCUCAAAUGAAACCAAAAACUCUUGUUCAAUUGGUAAAUAUUGCUCAAAUGCCAUCAGUUUCAGAACCCUUCUAAUUCCAAGAUGAUUGUGCUGAGUAGAUCAUUCAAUUUAAACCUUCCUCCCAUAUCCUAAAAGAAAAGAAUUCAGUAGUUUCAAACGAAGACAUUCCUUCAACAGAAACGAUCGAUAUAAAAUCUGUUUCUGAGUAAAAAGAAUUUUAAAUGGUAACACCAAUUAAAAACAAGGCAGUUGCCUUACUAAGCUAAAAUUAAAAUGACAGUGUUAUUUAGAACUAUGAUUUUAUUGAUUAGUAAAAUUUAUAAAUUUAGAAUUAGUAUACAAUUUACUAGUAAAAUAGUGAAAUAAACCAUCCUAUUCAACAUUAAAUUGACGAUAAUCAUGUGAUAUAUGAUAAUAUUGAGUCUAUUACUUAAAGUACCAUUUAAUAAAACAUUAAAACAAAGUCAAGAGAAUUUAAAGAUUUGACUAUGAAAGUUCUUCCUAAUCGUAAACUAAGACUCCUUUAUGCAGAAGACGAAAUGUUUAGUGUUGUCAUGCUCAAAAAUUUCUUGAAGGAAUAUGAAAAAUUUAUUGAGCUAACUGUUGCGUUUAACGGUGAACUAGCUCUAUAAAAAAUAAAAUAAUCAAAUCAUGAUUCAAAGCCAUUUGAUGCUGUUUUUAUGGACUCAAAUAUGCCUGUAAUGGAUGGUCCAGAAACUAUUCAAGAGAUAAGAAAUCUAAUUUAAAAAAGCGAAAUAAACCCUCUAAUUAUAAUAACUUGUACUUCUUAUACAGAUAAAUAAAAGUAUAUUGAAUUAGGAUCAGACAGUUUUCUUUCAAAACCAACUAAUCUCCAAAGUAUAUUAGAAGCUCUUAUUUUUAUAAUAAGAUAACUAGAAAAUAACUUAAAUAAAUGUAAAUGA